ACAUGUUCUUCCAGCACCAGGGGAGCCAGGUCUCCUCUGGUGAGCAGGCCAGCCAGGGCUCCCAAGGGCCGGCCAGCCCCGAGGCCUCCCGGCACGCAGGGGUCAGGACCCUGCAGCCGUCCAGUCUCCAGGGGCCCAACUUCGAAGACACCAUGGCCGCGAGGUCCUCCGACUGGCUCCAACAGCCUCCUGGCAUGGACGACGAGGCCGACCUCGAGCUAGAUGUGCGGCUGUCCUGGGACUCGGAGCCCCGCUUGUGGCAGGACGUUCUGACUGAGGAACUCUGGCGGACUUUUGCUGGGACCCGGGAGAAGGAGAAACGCCCGGGCCUCAGGAGGAUGCCCUGCCAUCUCCCACUCUGUCCUCUCCUCCCUCCCGUUGGCAUAGCGACAGGCCAGGCGCCAGGGCUGGAAAGCCAGAACCCAGGACCACGACGCUUGGGAGUGGAAGUACUUAACGAGGACACUCUGGUUCUCAGCCUACCUAAGCCCUCCCCCAGCAACUGUGAGGGCUCCAAAGAAGAGAGCACAGGAUGGGGCGCUGUAGGCCGGGGGGUGUCCUCCCACGCGGCUCAGGAGGCUGCCGGGAGAGCGGAUCAAUUUCUGAAGCCCAUAUGCUGGGAUCCUGAGGACUUUGAAAGCACGAGUAAUAGGCCUGAUGCCUUGCCCUGGCAACCCAAGAAGCUGGCCGUCCCACACCGAGUGGAGAAGAAGCGGAGGCUGGAACACGGGGAUCCUGUGCUGGCCACGGCUGUCAGCAGCUUCACGCGGCACGCCUUCACCUGUGGUAGGGGUGGCGUGAAGGUGUGGAGCCUGGUCAAGCAGGUGGUGGUGGCCUGGUAUCCGGAGUGCUACCUGCCUGUGCAGAUUCCCGGGGCCUACCUGCGCACCUGCCUGCUGUUCUCAAAUAGCACAGCCCUGCUGACAGGCGGCCACAACCUGGCCGGCGUGAGCCUGUGGGACCUGAUGGCGCCUUCCCUGUACGUGAGAGCGGAGCUGCCCUGUGCGGGCCUCAGCUGCCAGGCCUUGGCCGCCAGCCCCGAGGACUGCCUGGCUUUUGCCGGCUUUACCAAUGGCACCGUCAGGAUCUGGGACCUGCGGAACCAGAGCGUGGUCAGGGACCUGCCGGGGUGCUUGAACGGAGCCAAGAGCAUCGCUGUCAAAGACCAGAACAUCUGGACGGGGGGUCUGGAUGCUUGCCUGCGGUGCUGGGACCUGAGGACCACCAGGGACCCCCAGGAAUACCUGUUUGAGGCUCAGAUAAUGAGCCUGUCCGCAAGCCCCAAGGAGGACUGGGUGCUGGUGGGCACAGCCAAUGGCCGGCAGUGGCUGCAGCCCACUCGGGGGGGCCAGAAGCGCAUGGUGGGAUGUAAGGAUGGCACCAUCCUUGGCCUGAAGUUCUCUCCACUUGGCCAUUGGUGGGUGAGUGUGGGGACAGACGGCCUGGUCAGCAUCUACAGCAUGCCCACAGGGACCUCGGUGGUCCAGGUACCCGAGACGUCCUCCAUCACGUGCUGUGAUGUGUCCGCCAGCAACCACCUGAUGGUCACGGGGUUCAGGGACCAUGCUGUGGUGUAUCAGAUCGCGUACUGAGGGCACGCCAGGGGCUGGGUGGGCACGGCUGGGCCUGUGAUCUUGGUCAUGUGUAAUAAAGCAAUUGGA